UCACAGUCGCUUGUGCAGCUUUUGAACUCGGUGCAUUCCUCUGAUAGGUUCCAAUCUUUAGCAGCUGCAAAGAUAUUUUGUGGACCAGGUUUUAGUUUUGUUGGGCUCAGGUGACUUAGAAAAUGUGAUACUUCCACAGACCCCGGCAUCGUCACCUUCUCUGCUGCAGAACUGCGAGGAGCGGUUAUCACAAGCCACUGACAUGCACGGUUGAAACGGGUCACAGGAAACCACUUCAUCGCGUGCUUAUACCUAUUAGGUGAAUUGAGGUAAAGUAUGUAUGUUGUUGAAAUGCAGAAUAAGAACCGGCACCUGUGCUGCAGACUCAAAGUGAUGGAAGUCAACUUUGCAGUGGAACAAAUUCAAAUGUGUGCUUCUUCCUCUUUCAAUGAAUAUUUCAAAUGGCCUUAACCGUGCUUUUAACCACACCCUGCUUGAUUUUCGUCUCCAAUCUGUUCACGCCGCCUUCAGCCUCCACCUUCCACCAAGAGUUUCCGAUGGCUUUUCUUCACCACAUUUCAUGCACAAGUCCCCUUUCUCGCUUUCUCCCCCCCCCCUCACACACACACACACACACACACACACACAUGCACACACACACUUCACUACUGUAAAUGUCACCACUCAGUCCAUACUAGUCUACAUGUUCUGGCACUGUCAGUUUCCACAAGCGGCAUCUCCUGCUCAACCCUUCGGAAACCAGCGAUGCAGUAAGCGGUCUGCUAGUUUCCUGUCAUUCCAAUGCAGACACUUAUAAAGUCAACAAGAUAAAAGACAAAACAGACUUCUUGUUACAUCUCCAGAAUACCCUGAAUGUAAAUUUACCAGCGGAUCUCCUUCUGAUCCAAACUUCACUGCUGCUCUGAACACAAGGAGUCCGACAGCAAACCAGCCUGCAACCGUGACAGCAAGCGGGUGGCAUUUUCUGAAGAGGCAUGGAUCACUCUAAACCCAAAGAUGACCAUCCAAAAUACAACGUGACGGUCCUGGUCCUUUGUUUCUGCCUAUUGGGCCUGAUUUUCUUGCUGAUCUUCUUGUACAAGAUGUUGAACAGGGAGGCUGAGGGAGAAUACACCAUCCGGCGCAUGGUGUAUAAGGAAGGAGGGGUCAGGGACCGGGUGAGGGGUGCUGCAUUAGCUCUGGGGACACGUCUCGGGGUCCGGCUAUGGCCUCACAGCGAUACAGAUGAGUAUGGAGAGGAAAUCCAAGACGAGGAGGGACAGGUGGAGGAGGGGGCCGAUAGCCAGGGGAGUGACAGCGACGGGGGGGACCAGGGGGAUGAGGAGGACUGCGGCGAGACAAUGGGAGGCGGAGACAACACCUCACAUGAAAUAUCAAGUUCAGAGGGUUCUGAGGCCGGGGAGCAAACCGGGCUGAUGGACCAGGCGGAGGUAAAUGAAGAGGCGGGGGAAAAGGAGGAGAAAGUGGUAAAAGGGGGAGGUAAAGGAGAGGCAAGCGGAGGGCCGGGAUUGUUGAUAGAUCUAAAGCAGUUCUCUGGAAGUGCCAUUUGGUCUGAAGAAGAGGGAGGCGAGGGUCAUUACAAGGAUGUGACGGCACUAUGAGGACGGAAGGAGAAGGUUUCAAAUAUAAAGAAGUCUAAGGAAAAUAUCAGGGACACAACUCUGGUGUAGAAAUGCUCAUCCUUUACUUAUGUUUUCUUUACUUUUUUUCCGACAAACAGUCUUGACAAUACAGGAAUCAGCCUUUAGGAGCAUUUAGUAUUCCCUGUUGUGGCAUCACGUUAAAAAGCUGACUGAUGAAUGAAGCUAUUAUUAAUAUGCAGGGCUGCAGUGUUUGUGUAAGAGUUUUCGUUUUUAUCAUGUGUUACUGACUGUAAGUCAAAAAAUCUGACUUUGCAUUAUUAUGUCAGCCUUCAGUUUGCUGUAUGUUGUGGUGUGUAAAUUGUUUUGAAAAAAAAGAAGCUUUUAAUUUUUUCCGCCCCUAAUUUACAUUAAAAUAAAAACUGACUUUAAA